UCGUUUUUUUUUUUAAACCUUUCAACCGGAAGUCGUUCUAGUAAAAACAUCGCACAUGUUGCUAACAAGAACUGCAAGUGGAAAAGAUGGAUCAGAAGAAAAGUAACAGUCCCAAAAAUACUUCUCGGGAUUUGCUGGUCUGCGGGAACGGACAAGGAAUUCAUGAUAAGCUGUUACUGAAAUCCAAGCGCGCAUCGUCACUGCACACGGAAAAGGUCCCGAGAAGCAGUGUUCUAGACAGGCUCCAGUGUUUCCUGCCUCAGAUGGCCCUGGCUAAUGAGACAUUAAGGCAGCAGAUGGAGAACCUUCCUGCAGGUCACUUUGACAUUGAGAGUGUUGAGGAAGCAGAGAAAGUCAUUGAGAUGGAUGUUGCUCUGGUGGAGCUGGAGGGCUCAGACAGCAGCGAGGAAGAGGAGUCCCCCGAGGAGGAGAGCUCAGAUGAAGAGACUGUCAGUGCAGAAACGCUUAAACUACCUGGCAACCGGAAGAGAAAAACCAACAUUGAAGUGCUAGAAAAAGAAGGAGAAUGAAAGGACAUGUCACCUGAUGGCAAAGGCAGCACCACUUUACGUUACCCCUCACACACACACAGAGGGUCUGGGAAUUAUCUCUCUGCUAAGCAGAGGACUCUUGAGCUACGGUAAUAUGGACCUGAAACAGAAGAGCAUAAUUCUCAGUUUAUACGUUGAGUGACGGACAUGUUUGAUGAGGUUGAAGUGCUGAGGAUUUUCACUGAGCAUGGACAGUACAGCCUUUGUUCUAUUUGCAUGAAUAUAUUUGGAUGUCUGUAUGAGAGAAAGACCAGAUCUCAGGUUACCUAGACAAAAGGUGACAAGGAUUAAAGCAACAAGGUUUAAUUAGAGCUAAUCAGGGAUUUGUUUGCUGAUCAAGUUUUGCAUUCUAAACAUAGCAAAUCACUGAUUAAAACCUUAACCUCUGAUUAAAACCUUCAUCUGCGAUUCUUUUUCCAUCCUGCUAAAUUUAUCAAUCUAAAAAAGUCUGGUACUCUUGUGAUUUUUGAUUUAGCCACAAAUAAACACUUUUCCAUAGUGUUCAGUGA